CGACAUAGUAAGCUUUUCCGGAAUCCUCAACCUGGGGGGCCGAUAAUACAUCUAGAACACUGGAUUUCAACGGCAUUACUAGACAGUCAAGUCGCGGUCAGGACGUUAUUUGGACCCUGCGAGAUGUCCCUGACCAGCUGCUCUGCCAUGGGUGCAUAAUCACCCGAGGGUUCUUUUUGACCGACAUGGGCACUCUUCUCGCUACCAAAGACCAACCAAUUGUGUUCUGGCCCAUAUGUGAUCCCACUGGGCGACCGAAAUUGUCGGAGUCGCCCUUGAGAAAUCUCACUGGCUUCCCGUACCUCAUUGCAAACCUACCUGGAUGGCAAGAAUGGAAGGACUAUAGUCUUCAUACAACUGUCGAGUCAUUUGUGUGUGUAGUGUCAAUUGCAUUGGCGUUGACACUUGUUUUGCUAUGUGUUGUUUUGUGCAAAGAACGGCCCUGGCGGCCUCUUUUAAUUCUCGUUUCCGUGUUGUUUUCUGCCAUUCACAUGGCGUUGGUUCUAGACAAUGUGAUUAGCAGUUUGCGGUCUCAGUACGAACUGCAGGGAGGCUACUCACUAACUUGGCUGUUCAAUGAUAUCUUGACCACGAAGAUCCGAAUAACAAACUUUGUUAGUUCGACCCUCUUGCUAGCUGCCCAACUCCAGCUCGUGGCAUUGAGAUUAGUGGACCGGAAAACAGAACGAGCAAUUGUGUGGGGAGCAGGCGGUGCGUUUUUUAUCGCUGCUACAACUCUGCUCGCUUUGGUCUGGUUUUAUCGCUCCGAUGAUGCUAUUCUCUUUGCAUGUCAGUACCUUCUAUCUAUGGGUCUAGACGUUCUCUAUUUUUUGAUGGCCGUUUUAUACGCCCUUUCGCACCAACAAGCUGCUUUCAAUCGGGACAUGUUUAUUUAUACGCUUUUCGCUCUUGCUGGAGCUGCUCUCCCUGUGGCAUUGUACAUGGCAGACAUCCUGGGCUGGUGGACGGCUAGAAGUGUUGACCACGUUUGUUCGUUUUCCACGGUUGCUGCUCUAGUUUUAGCAGACAUCUGGGCUAGCCAUCUGGACCGAUACCGCACCAAACAAGCCCACGGAAACAUCAUGGGCCGCCGCCUCUACAACCCGGACAAAGAACUUGUUUUCACCGAAUCGGACGAGCAUACACUGCUGGCCAGUGAACAGGGCUCUUCAAAAACAGCACAGGAUUCUCCUCCACGCACCGCUUCGGCCCCCGUUCAUACACACAACAGACUUGUUCCGCCUGAGCGGCCAGCGACCACGUAG